CUGCUCGCGUCAUUGGCGGCGGGCGUGAGGGCUUUUAGCGACGAGGCAACCGCUUUCAGUAAACCCCUACUCCCAUUCUCGUCUCUCACCACUUCAGAAAGAUACCAUACGAUCAACAUGUGCGGCAGCGACAUCUUUNUGGGCUUCCUGGCCAUUCUCUUCCCUCCUAUCGCUGUAUGGGUCAAGCGCGGCAUCUGCUCGGCCGACUCGUUCAUCAACAUCGCCCUCUGCUGCCUGGGUAUCCUGCCCGGCCUCAUCCACGCCUGGUACAUCAUCUCGCGCUACCCCGACCCGACGUACGACGAGCUCGCCCAAGAACCCGAGGGCGGCCGUGUGACAUACUACUAUGUCCAGCAGAGCCACCGUCCUUCGGUGAGCAGCUCAAGGGGCCCUGGCUACGGCACUAUCGCUGGCGGUCCCAGCAGUCAAGCCGAGGGCUCGCAGCCCCAACAGUACCGUCAAGACCAGCAGAUGCCUAGUGCCUCGAAGAAGGGCGAUACUGCAAAUCCUCCUACCUACGCCGAGGCUGUCAAGGGCGACAACAAGACGCAGUCGCACGAC